GAGUUGGAAAGAAGAGCGUGACAUCGCGGAAGGUAGAUGGGACGGGAGGCGUGUGUAUCAACAUGGCGACUCGGUUAAAAGCAAUGAACCGACGUCGGGCCUGUCAGUCCGCAACUCGCGCGCUCGGUCCGCAUGUUCCAAGCAUACAUACAUACACGCACACACACACACACACAUAUAUAUAGACAUAUUUACAUACAUACACAUAUAUAUCUAACAGUCGUAACUUGUCACCGAUAGAUCAUACUCUCUCUCUCUCUCCCUUAUUGCCGCUCGCCUUGCUUUUUCGGUGGCGGAUUUGAUACAUUCCGCUAUUGUUAUUUUUUCUUCUCCUUUCAUUUUCUCCACGCUUGAUCGUGAUUAUUCGUAAAAAAGUUGUGAUUACAAAAGCAAAGAGGAAAGAAAAGGGGGAGAGGGAGAGAGAGAGACAAAGUCGAGGAGAAGGAAGAAAGGAGAAAGUCGUUCGAUCGGUUUAUCUCGUUCAUAGUGUUGUCGAGCAACGUUUGUGUGUGUGCGUCGGGUUCUUAUAAAAUCGGCGUUAUUACGCCAAUCUAUUACGCAUACGGGACUACGUUGGACUUUCUUGGAGAUUUUGGAGGGAUACGUGCCGAGCCUUUGUUCUGGAUUUCCAGGACGAAGCUGUCCGUCCUCGUCCUUAAACAAAAUGUCGAUUAUAAUGCAAUACGUGGACCGGUUCCACGAGAUCUUGGACAAACACGCAGAUACACGAACGACAAAUUGGCUGUUGAUGAGGUCUCCCUUUCCCACUCUAUUCAUAUGUCUUACUUACAUAUACAUCGUCAAAGUUUUGGGACCAAAGCUGAUGGAAAAUCGAAAGCCCUUUCAACUGACGAACGUUCUCAUAGUUUAUAAUUUGUUCCAAGUGAUCUUCUCGGCGUGGCUCUUCUACGAGUGCCUGAUGGGUGGAUGGUGGGGCCACUAUAGUUUCCGUUGUCAACCUGUGGACUAUUCGAACAGCCCGACCGCAAUAAAGAUAGGAAUGUCCGGAUGGCUGACUGGAGAGUAUUCUCUAAAGUGUCAACCUGUAGACUACAGUGAACGACCCCAAGUACUAAGGAUGGUGCACGCCAGUUGGUGGUAUUACUUCUCGAAAUUUACGGAGUUCAUGGACACGAUCUUUUUCGUACUGAGAAAGAAGAACAACCACGUGUCGACGCUUCACGUUAUCCAUCACGGCUGUAUGCCGAUGUCCGUCUGGUUCGGCGUUAAAUUCACUCCUGGCGGUCACUCGACCUUCUUCGGAUUACUGAACACGUUCGUGCACAUCGUCAUGUACACGUACUACCUACUCGCCGCUCUAGGGCCAAAAAUUCAGCCGUACCUCUGGUGGAAAAAGUAUCUUACGGCUUUCCAAAUGAUUCAAUUCAUAGCAAUAAUGGUACACGCCUUCCAAUUGCUCUUCGUCGACUGCGAUUACCCGAAAGCCUUCGUCUGGUGGAUCGGCAUGCACGCCGUUAUGUUCUUCUUCCUCUUCAACAAGUUCUAUCAGCAGAAUUAUCAACAAAAGAGGACAGCCAGGAAGAUGGCCAGUAAUGGUAUUACAAACGGCAGAGCGAACGGCGUCAUCUCGAACGGCGAUAUCAGUGCCAGCAACGGCACGAUAAGAAGGGACGCUGCGGAUUAUUACGUUAAGGGAGAGAGUUUAGCAGCGACGGAAUUCAAUCUUCGAAAAGGUUAUCUUUUGAACGAGUGACCCAAGCAAGAAGUUCAUCGUAAUCGUCACCGUUCUUCCUCUUCUUUGCCACCAAAUGCCUUCGAGUCACAUCGAGAGCUCGUUAAAACGAUAACCGCAACGUGGAUCUCUCCUCCUUGGCUCCUCCAUCUUCCGCACUCGAUAUUUCAUACUUUUAUUAUCUUUCUUUCUUCGGCCCCUCGAUCACUCCCCGCUCCCUCUAACCUUUCCCUUCCUCUCCCUCUUCCUUGCCCUCGUAGGCACCUUUCCAAAAUCGACCGAGAUAAAAGGAAAAUAAUUUUUAUUCGACCGAAAUUCGCUUUCUCGUCUUCCUCGCUCUUCCUUCCCCUCUAUCUCGUUUCAAAGAUAUACGCGUAUAUCGUUGGAUGACACGUGUCUUUUUAAAGAGGAAGCUUUUUGAAAGGGAAGCGCGCGUACGUGCGUACUAACAAAAGCACGAGUGCUUACGAGUACGUAAUCGACAAGGACGAUCACGUCUCGCGAUAUCGUCCCUCGCGGGAUUUCUUUUCUUCCUCUCCUUUCGAUCAAAUGAUAAUAAUUAAUCGAUACGUUUAAUCGACGCGUUUCCGUAUCUUGAAAAUACUUUACCGCAAAACUCUCGCUAUCGAAGGAAUCGUGACGUUGGAAGGAAAUCCUCUUAGAGAUCGGUUAACUUUCUUAUUCCAUCGUUCUUUUUACUCGUUUCCUCGUUGCAUUCCAUGAGAUUCGCGAUGUGAAUAUUAUUACUCGACUUGCUCGAGCGAAUAGCUUCGAGAGAAUAUCUGGCUCGUUAAAGUGGAAUAUAUAGGUGAGCUCGCGAUGCGUCUAAUGUUGUACAUAAUAAAUGAACGGGCAGUAAUGUUAAACGAUGAGGAACAACGCAACCGUGUAAGCGUAGCGACUUGUCGUGUCGUGUCUCGCGCGUGUGUGAAAAAGAAUGCGUGCGUGCGUGCGGGCGGCCGUGCGUGAAUGCCAUGACGUCGCGCAAAGCGAAGGAAACCGUGGUCUCUAUGAUGUUUUUCAAAAAAAAUAAAAAACGAAACGAAAAAUUAUAUAUACGCGCGCACGCACACACGCGCGCGCACACACACACACAUGCGUAUAUGUGUGCGUGCGCGUGUGUAUGUACACUCGAAGGACGAUCAUGCUCCUGGUUCCUCGUCCACACCGGCUCGUUCGAUUUUUCGACUUCAUCUUUAUUCGCAUCACGUUGUAUUGCGACCACCAAUUUCGCUCGCUUUGGAUGUCUCUCGUACAGCCCUGUAUAUAGAUAGAUUAGUUUUGUAUUAUCUAGAAAGAUCGAGGUAUAUGAUGGUAUGCCGUCAAUACGCUACUAAUAAAAUGAUAUAUAUGUAUGUAUGUAUGUAUGUAUAUGUGUAUAUACAUAUAUGAGAACGAAUUAAAGGGGAUGAUUAUGCGGUUACUUUCUCGAGAAUACAAUCUCUCGAGAUAGUAAAUAAGCGCACAAUAAUCGUAAUUAAUGUGCGCGUGCAUAUUUGUGUAUACAGAUGUUAACACUCGUCGAGAUCAAAGAAAUAUUGUUUUACAUA